UUCGAAUUCAUCAUUCCUGCUCAAGCUUCGGACGACGACGGACUGUGCAUUGAAGACCAGUGAUGAGUUCUUUAACAGAAGAGCAGAGACAGCGCAUUGAAGCUAAUAAGCAAAAAGCCUUGGCCUUGAGAAAAGAGAAAAUUGCUGCUGCUGCUGCUCAAACAAGGCCUGGAAUUGUCUUUAAUUCCAUAAAAAGUUUCACUCCUAAGCCUGUUGUAUUAAAUACUGACCAAACUUUUCCUAGUGUAAAUGUUGAUUCAAUUCCUAAACUUUCUGCUGCUCCUAUUAGUUUUAACAAUUCUAAAGUUCCCAACCCCAAUAAAAACUAUGACAUUGAGAUGAAAUCUACUGCAUCUGUAAGUUCCUUAAGUGCUCCUACUUCUAAACCACUAAAUCCACCACUCAAGUCAUCCACACAAUCAUCAUUAAGCAGCAGAUUCAGCUAUAAUGCUCCAUCUUCUAUGACAACCUCAUCAAAUGCCACAGAUAAGUUUUAUGGAAACAAAAUUGUCACACAGCAUGGAAAUCAAACCCAAAGCUUUUCAUCUAAUGCAACUGUUAAAUCUGGGAUUAAAGCAAGUAAUCAAGCAUUUAAGACUGGAGUUGGGACUGCAACUUCUGUGACUCGGCCAGAUAGUUCAAGUACACACAACAUCAACACCAACAAAAAUGUUAGCAAUAACAAUGUACUUAAUGUAGUCCAUGGAACCUUGUGUUUAACUUCUGUUGACACCUUCACAGCCAAGGUUCAAUACCAUACUGGACUCAUUGAAGUAUUCAAAACGAUGCCAUCACGCAAGUAUGAUGCAGAUACAAAGCAAUGGAGUUUCUCCAUUGAUGAACACACUGAAUUAAUGAAAAAAAUCAAAGCCCUUGAACCUGCAGUCAGAAUCUCUCCUCUUCCUGCAAAUGUUUUGAAGGUGCUGAAGGAAGCCAAGUCUCUGCCCCCUCUUCAUUCCGUUGAUAUCUCUGGUCUGGAUCCCCUACUCAGGGAUUCACUGUUGCCCUACCAACUUGAUGGUGUCAGGUUCGGAUUACGUCGUGGAGGUCGCGUGCUUAUAGCCGACGACAUGGGGCUCGGCAAGACCAUCCAGGCCCUAGGUAUCGCCGCCUGCUACAGGAGGGACUGGCCUCUGCUCAUCGUUACUCCUUCCUCCGUCAGGUACGCGUGGCAAGACGCGCUGAUGCGCUGGAUGAGCAGCUUCAGCUGUUGCGUUAUCAACACGUCGCAAGAUCCUCUGUCUGGCUUCGACGUCAUCAUCACGACGUACGAGCUCCUCUCCAGACGAGCCAAGGAGUUCAAGGACAGGAACUUCGGUGUCAUCAUCAUGGAUGAGAGUCACAUGCUAAAGAACUUCAAGUCAGCGCGCUACAAGGCGGCAUCUCCGCUGAUGAAACAGGCUGCCCGCGUCAUCUUAUUGAGUGGCACCCCCGCCCUCUCUCGGCCCUCGGAGCUCUACACGCAAAUCGCAUCAGUCGACAGCAAAUUAUUCCCAAAGUAUCAAGACUACGGUAUUCGCUACUGCGACGGCAAAAUGAAUCCCUGGGGUUGGGACUUCUCGGGGUCCAGCAACCUCUCUGAGCUGCAGAUCUUACUCGAGGCAAAGAUCAUGAUCCGCAGACUCAAGUCGGAAGUUCUCGAUCAGCUGCCUGGCAAACAAAGGAAAACAGUUUUAUUGGACGCCACAUCUAUAGAAACAAGCAGCAACGAAGCGAUGGCAGCAUCUGCGCAGCAAAUGGGGCUUCGCAGCCUCAAGGGCGUAGAGCGACACUCUGCGUUACUGCAGUUCUUUUCCCACACCGCUCAAGCCAAGCUAAAAGCUGUCUGCAAAUACGUGCAAGAGCUGCUGGAGGCGGGCCAGAAGUUCCUUGUGUUCGCUCACCACAAAAUGAUGCUCCAGGCGCUGUGUCGGACCUGCGAGAAGUGCAAGUCUAUGUACAUCCUGAUCGAGGGCGGCACGGCGGGCGACGUACGCCAGGCUCUGGUAGACGAGUUCCAGAAACGUGACGACGUGCGCGUCGCGGUGCUCUCUAUCACCGCCGCAAGCUCUGGCAUCACACUCACCGCCGCCAAGCUCGUCGUCUUCGCCGAGCUUUACUGGAAUCCUGGAAUUUUAGUGCAAGCAGAGGACCGCGUGCACCGACUAGGGCAGCGCGACUGCGUCGACAUCCAUUACCUGGUGGCGCGCAACACGGCUGACGAUUACAUCUGGCCGAUGGUUCAGGAGAAACUAAACAUCCUCGGCAAGGCCGGCCUCUCUAAAGACGACUUCAGUGACAGUGAAGCCUUGUAUCAAAAGAGUGAGGAGUCUAAAGAGCUGCUGAAAUAUCUCAUAGACUUGCGGCCAGAGGAGCUCUCUGAGAUGGAGCGCGACGACGACGAAAGCUUCAGCGUCCCGAACAAGAAGCCAAAAAAUUCAUGAUAUUUUUAUUUACUCUCUUAUUAACUCCAUGUGUGCCUUGAAUAUAUACCAUCCAGCGACUAAUUGUGCGCCAUCAGAAUUUAAAACUCGGCCGCGAUUAUUGACCCCACCCGAAUUUUCUUUCGCUUUCUUGGUUACAGAUCAAGUUGAUGGAAUCUCAUCUUUCUAUUUUCUUUAAACACUGCAUUUUAAUAAUCGAAAUUAUCAUUCGUGCCUGUCAUCAAUUAUGGAAUGAACAUUAUAUUUGAUAGCACGGAAGAUCUAAAUUUCUCAACUGUCUCCGUUCGCUGCCCGAGGAAGGUGGGUCUUCCUACCUUGGUGAAUGUCAUGAAUUCUUCAACACUUACUGAAAAAAAUCCAUGUUUUCGACGAUUUUUUUUUCAGUUGCAAAAUAAGCAUUCAAGUAAAAGUUUCCUCAGCCACACUGUUAUGCCUCAGACAAAAACGCUCGUUUAUUUAAUCUUCUUUAUCUUUCGAACCAUCAACUCAGCUGUUAUUGAAAGUUAGCUCUUACAAAUUUACCUUUCUUGCCACCAACAAACCGUUUUUGUGAAGAUUUCUGAGUUUUUGGAUGACUGGCGUUCUCUGUUUCUGAUUUUUAUUAUUAAAAAUUGGGGAAAUUAUCCUUUGGUUGGUUCAUCUUGUUGUAGAUUCUGCUGAAAGUCAAAUAUUACUUCUUCAUUCACCAUUUAAUUUAUUUUCUUUUUUAUUUCGUCAACUAUUCGUCCAAUGAAUCUAGAUGGAAAAAAUAAGUCUGGGUUAAUGCCAUUGUUUUUAUUUAUCAUCUCCAUCAUAUGCUCUUGUAUAUUGUUGCCUUCUAGGCGAUGUCUGUUAAUCAUUUAUUGAACCGAGUUUUUACGCCCUUAGACCGGAUACAAAUAUGGAAUGCAGUUAGCAAUAUAUAGUUGAAUUGUCUGUGAAUUUUCAUACAUUCCUAACACUUAAUUUCAGUUGUUCAAUUCUCAUCUCAUACUGCCCGCGAAACUUCUUCACUCCUAUCUAUUGAUUGUUCAUUUUGUUGUGUCGCGAGUAAAAGUUACUCGUAUGCUAUCUUCACCAUUGUUGUCUGCAUGAUUUGAAUAUAAAUUACAAUGGUAACUUUA